UAAGAAUAGUGGUGUUUUCGUGAUUUAGACGACGAGGUGUAGUGUGUAUUUUUUUUUCUGGAUAAACCUGUGUCGGAGCAAUAACUAGAGGAAUUGUCUACAUCUUUCUGGAUAAUGGAAUAUCUGGGCCUCUCUGUCUUUGCAACGAUGUUUUGGCUGGCUUUGUUUCCUCUGCUCUUUUGUAGCAGUUAUGGAGAUGUGACCUAUUCUAUUCCUGAGGAGAUGAGACGUGGGUCGGUAAUAGGAAAUAUAGCGAAGGAUCUGGGACUCGAUGCUAAAGGACUUUUGUCUCGCAGAGCUCGUUUGGAUGUUGACGGUGGAAGCAAACGGUAUUGUGAUGUUAAUCUGAACACUGGAGAAUUGAUCGUCGCUGAAAUGAUAGAUAGAGAGAAGCUUUGCGGCAAGAGGCUUUCAUGUUCUCUCAAAUAUGAAAUGAUCCUGGAAAAUCCGUUAGAAUUGCACAACAUAGUCUUGCAGAUACAAGAUAUCAAUGAUAAUUCUCCACAAUUUGGGGAAGACGUUGUGAAAUUUGAAAUUACAGAGUCAGCAGACAAGGGCGCCCGUUUUCCUGUAAAUGAAGCACUUGAUGGAGACAUAGGAAUGAAUGCUGUCCAAACUUACAUUUUACAGAGGAAUGAACAUUUUAGUUUGGCAGUUCAUGUCAAUCCUGGAGGUGGAAAAAAUAGUGAGCUCGUUUUAGAGAAAGAAUUAGAUCGUGAACAAGAGCGAGAAGUGACGUUACUACUUACUGCUGUUGACGGAGGGACACCGCAGAGAUCCGGUACUGUAGUUAUACAUGUCACGGUGCUUGAUGCCAACGAUAAUAAACCAGUGUUUAGUCAGAACGUUUACAAAGCCAGUGCUCCGGAAAAAUCCUCCAUUAAUUCUGUUUUAAUUACUGUGUCUGCUACUGACGCUGAUGAGGGGGCAAACGGAGAAGUUACGUACGGAUUUGGUCCAAUCACAGACAGUGUGAAACAAAUAUUUUCCCUUCAUCCCAAAACAGGCGACAUAAUCCUAAUAGGUCACAUUGAUUUUGAAACUGAGUCAUUUUAUGAAUUCAGUAUCCAAGCCAAAGACAACUCAGGGCUGAGUUCUUUUGCGAAAGUAAAAGUUGAUAUAACAGAUGUAAAUGAUAAUGCUCCAGUUAUUUAUCUUAAAUCUUUGACCAAUCCCAUCCCUGAGAAUGUGUUGCCAGGCACAGAGGUGGGCAUCAUUAAUGUUCAGGAUAAAGACGCGGGUGUCAAUAAACAGGUCCGCUGCUCCAUGCAGCAGAAUGUUCCUUUCAAACUAAACCUCUCCAUUAAAAACUACUAUUCCUUAGUAACUACCAGUGAAUUAGACCGUGAGCUGAUAUCAGAUUAUAACAUAACUAUCACUGCUACUGACGAGGGGUCUCCACCUUUAUCCUCCUCAAAGACUAUUUAUUUAUCUGUCUCUGAUGUCAAUGACAACCCUCCUGUGUUUGAAGAACAAUCCUACAGCGCCUAUGUGAGUGAAAAUAACAAGCCUGGCUCCUCCAUAUGUUCUGUUACUGCCAGAGACCCGGACUGGAGACAGAACGGCACAGUGGUCUAUUCUCUAGUGCCCAGUGAGGUCAACGGUGUCCCUGUGUCUUCAUAUGUAUCCAUUAACGGAGACACAGGGGUGAUCCAUGCUGUGAGAGCAUUUGAUUAUGAACAGUUUAGGAGCUUCAAGGUCCAGGUUGUAGCCAGAGACAACGGUUCUCCUCCACUCAGCAGUAACGUGACUGUGAGCGUCUUCGUAGCAGAUGAGAAUGACAACUCUCCCCAGAUAUUAUACCCUGCUCCAGCAGGGAACUCUUUGAUGACUGAGAUGGUCCCCAAAGCUGCUCUGGCAGGGUCCCUGGUUUCCAAGGUGAUAGCUGUGGAUGCUGACUCUGGCCAGAACGCCUGGCUUUCCUAUCAGAUUGUGAAAUCCACCGAUCCGGGACUUUUCACUAUCGGUCUCCACAGCGGAGAGAUCAGGGCCCAGCGGGACAUUUCUGAUUCUGACGGUAUGAAGCAGAACCUUGUGAUAUCUGUGAAAGAUAACGGACAGCCCUCUAUGUCUACAACCUGUGCUGUUUACCUACUGAUAUCAGACAACCUGGCUGAGGUUCCAGAGCUGAAAGACAUGUCUUACGAGGGGAAGGAUUCUAAACUGACUUCCUACUUGAUCAUCGCUCUGGUGUCCGUCUCCACCUUUUUCCUGACUUUCAUCAUUCUCAUCCUGGCCGUGAGGUUUUGCCGCAGGAGGAAACCUAGACUGUUGUUUGAUGGAGCUGUGGCCAUUCCCAGCGCGUAUUUCCCUCCUAAUUAUGCAGAGGUGGAUGGAACAGGAACGCUGCGGAGUUCUUACAAUUAUGACGCUUACCUGACAACGGGCUCACGCACCAGUGACUUCAAGUUUGUCAGAUCUUAUAACGACAACACGCUGCCAGCCGAAAUGACACUAAAAAAGAGUCCAGAUCAUUUUCUGGAAGGAAGUAUCACCACACUGAACACAGCAGGGGAAUCUAACGAGAGAAUGUCCUGA